GUUUCAAACACUGUGUCACUGAAAAUCAAUUGUGUUGUCAACUCUUGGGAUCAAUUAAAUUGUGACCAAAACCUACAGACGCUUAUCGCCGCCACUCGUGAACAUGUCUUAAUAGCAUCGCAUCUAAUCCGUUGACACAGCCGAAGACAACUCGUGUCAUGUCUUCAUCUAAUCUGGUGUUCAGACAACUGCAGGAGAGGUCACAGAAACGCCGCAAACUAUUGGCUCAACAGUUAGGUGUUGGAGACGCGGAGGAAUUGUCCACAGUUUUGGGCACAGAUAGCGAGCGCACUCGUGUGGGCGCCCACAACGUCACCGGUGGUGACCAACACGUGGCCACCGAUGACACCACUGGUGGCAACGGAUCCACUGCUGACUGCGCCGCCGAUGAGCGCUCAGGCGAUAAGAGUUGCGCCAAAGAUGGCGACGAAAGUGACACCAAAAGAGUCAAAUCCGACGCCAACGACGAGCACAUCGACGGCGCCGAAGAAAUGGUCACUUAUACUGAUUCGAGUACUUUCCUGAAGGGCACCCAAUCCGCGAACCCACACAACGAUUACUGUCAGCACUUCGUGGACACCGGGCAGAGGCCGCAGAACUUCAUCCGAGACGUGGGACUCACCGACCGGUUCGAGGAGUACCCGAAGCUCAAGGAGUUGAUCCGCUUGAAGGACGACCUGAUCGCCGGCACCGCCACUCCGCCCAUGUAUUUGAAAUGCGAUUUAAGACAAUUCGACUUAAAGGACAUUAAAUGCAAAUUCGAUGUCAUUCUCAUCGAACCGCCUCUCGAGGAAUACCAGCGAACACACGGCGUGACGAACAUUGCGUUCUGCGAUUGGAUGGAUGUCAUGAAUCUGGCCAUCGAGGAGGUGGCCGCCCAGCGAUCAUUUGUCUUCUUGUGGUGCGGUUCCAGCGAAGGCCUCGACUACGGUCGGCAGUGCCUCCGGAAGUGGGGAUUCCGUCGAUGCGAAGACAUCUGUUGGAUAAAGACUAACAUCAAGACUGAGGGCCACUCGAAGAACUUGGAGCAGAACGCGCUCUUCCAGAGGACUAAAGAGCACUGUUUGAUGGGUAUUAAGGGGACGGUUAGGCGCAGUACUGAUGGCGACUUCAUUCACGCCAACAUUGACAUCGAUCUGAUAAUCAGCGAAGAGUUCGAAUACGGAUCCAUUCAGAAACCCGAAGAGAUAUUCCAUAUCAUCGAACACUUCUGUUUGGGUCGACGGAGACUCCAUGUGUUCGGUCGGGACUCCACCAUAAGGCCGGGUUGGCUCACUGUAGGGCCCGGACUCACGAACAGUAACUUUCACGCCGAGACGUACGGCAGUUAUUUCAGCGACGACUUGACCACCCGUUGCACCGAUAGGAUCGAGUCGUUGCGGCCCAAGUCGCCCCCGCCUAAGGCUAAAGGUCAGGGCGGCCGGGGGUCUAAUGCCGGGCGCGGCGGUAGAGGCGGUCCCCGCAGGGGUUCCCAGAGAUAGUGGAC